AUGUACAGCAUUAUCUAUAAACUUCUUUAUCUACAAUCAUUUUACAGUCAAGUAUACAAAAAAGAAGAAUUUCUGCUGAUUACUUUUGAUCAAAUAUUACAAAUCAUUAAAAGUGAAGAUCUGUGUGCAAAUGAAGAAAACGUAUAUGAAUCUGUAAUGAAAUGGAUCAAGUAUGAUAAAGAAAAUCGGAAUAAACAUUUGCCAGACUUAAUGGAAUAUGUUCAGUCUCGAAAAUUUGCAAAUUACUUUUCAGUUAGAAAUUAA